AUGACAUCUUCCUCGCGUCACAACUUGAUAUCCGGAAAUGAACGAAUGCUCCAAAAGGACCAGGGUUUGAUUUUCAUUGCGGUGGUUUCUUCAAGAGAAACCCUUGCGAGUCGAGUCAAGUACGUUCGGCAGUCUUGGGCUGCUCAGUCUUAUCCCAUCAUUGUUGUUAGGUACUUUGUCGGCGAUGGGAUCGAGUCAAAAGUGGAAUUAGCUCAACAAGCAGGUAUGCAGGAUCCGUCUGACCUUGUGAUCAUGUCCGGAUUAGCAGACAACGAAUACCCACCAGUCUACAAGAACACCAGGAUGCUGCGAUACGCACUACAUACUAUGAUUCAGCUUGAAAAAGACCACAUUAUUUGGGAUUUCAAGUACUUCAUGAAAGUGGACGACGAUACAUUUGUAAACACGCCUGCACUUAUGGCGUUCCUACAAAACGAAGAAGUUCUUGGAAAUACGCAGGAACCCAGCAUUUGGGGAAGACGAGGCUACGGCCUUCCAGAACAGCGACAAGACUUGCGUUCAGCUGGGAUAGAUAGACCUUACUGCAUGGGGGGGCCUGGAUACAUCAUGACGCGGGAUGUUUUAGGUAGACUAGCCACGGGGGUAAGAGGGUGUGUACAAAAUUUGAGGAAGUCUGAGUACAAGGGUGUUCUUUGGCAUUCGGAUGUCAUUAUCGGGUUGUGUGCCAAAAGAUUAAGUGGCGCCUACUGCAAAGGCAAUGGAAACCGUACCCAAGGGGGAUCCGAAAAACAUAACGGGAGCUUCAUACAGAUCACUGGCCGAUACCAGCUAUCAAAUAUUCUCAUGUAUGGGGACCUACAGCAAAUAGUGGCUUUGCACCCUUUCAAGGAUGGUGAGCAGAUGUUUUUUCUCCAGAAUAGUUUGGAUAGGCGGAGAUCGAUCGAUACAAACGGCGCACAGAUGAAACAAUACUAA